ACUCGGCCUAUAUAUCUGCUGACGUUACCAAAUACCUCUCUAUCACACUGACCAGUUUUACUAAAUUCUGGUGAGAAUUCUCUUGCUCACAACUGUGAUUAUUAAGGGACAACGCUUGUUCCAUCAGGAAGGAAGUGGAAGUGGCACUUUUCAGGCUUCCCUUCCAGCAGAAGUCCCAGAGGAUUUACAACAGUAGUAUGACUGGUGGCUUCGUACUCUACGCGGGAAAGCUUUGUUCUAUUAUCUCUGCUUGGCGGGCCAAUCAAUUGGGGUUUGACAACUUUUACUCGACAGAAACCCGCUCCCCACGUUGGAUUUGAAGAGGACUGGUCAUUUGAGACAAAAGCCAUGGAGAACGCGCACUCAGGGCAACCGCUGCUGGUUGCAGAAGCCCCACGAGGCAAGCAGCCGGCAUCGUCAAGAGCAAACCGCAGUCCAACAAAGGCCCCUCAACCGUCUGGUACCAAAUCCUUGCGCCAGACGGGUCUAAAACGGGACAAUGUGGCCUCCAAUGUAUACAUGGCCCAACAUGACCGUAGACCUCCGCCGUCACCUUGGAACAUGGGCGAUAUGAUGUCUGCGGUGCCCAGCUACCCAUGCGGCCUUCUCUUUUACGACCAGCGGUGCGGGCAGCAGCACCUGAUUCCUUCUGUUCAUCCGCAGAGCAUGGUAUACCCCAUGCUACCAAUGCCACCGUUCUCUGGAGAAACCAUCGCGAGCGAUAUGUCGGCGUACGGCCCACAGGUGACCCAGAGGUAUACCUCUUAUAGUCCGCAUCAACAGAGCACGCCUUUCCAACAUGGAACCCCCGUCAAUCAACCCUCAACACCAUUCGCUCACCCGGGAGCUGGUUACCAGUCUACUUAUCAUCCCGCCCAGCCGUGCAUGGCCUCCAGCGGGUAUAGCCCCGUGUAUCCGCAUCUUGCUUCCAUGCCGCAAUCAGGUCUUCACCACCGCAACUCACAGGAUCCAGUCUCGGAAACCUCAUCUCCAUCGCCGGAAAGAGAGGGGCAGCACGCCCCGAGCCCAGAGUACGACGUUUUGAAGACCAUCGUCGACGGAUCGACCCCGCUGGGGUCCAGAAUACAAUCAUCGUCACCAGGUUCCAGGUUCUCCCGCAGUAUCCCCGGGCAUUUCCGGGUCUUUGGCGCGCAAAGGCUCCCCUAGGAAGGCCAAGCAAUCCGGCCACGCCCUAUGGGUGGGGAAUCUUCCUUCCGGGGCGAGCAUCACUGAUCUCAAGGAGUUCUUUGCGCGGGAGACGAGGGAACAUGUGGAGAGUGUCUUCCUCAUAUCAAAGAGCAACUGCGCCUUUGUCAAUUACAGAACGGAGGCGGCCUGUAUGGCGGCCUUGUCGAGGAUCCAUGACUCCAAGUACCAGGGCGCUCGUCUUGUCUGUCGACCGCGUCGGGGCGAUGGCUCCCCGGCCGCUCGUCCCGGUGCCA